AUGAGAACAAAACAGGAGGCGGAGAGAAAGAACAUCAGAAGCCAACUAGCUUCCAUUAGUGAUAUACGAACUAUUAGUAAGUUUUUUCACAGACAAACUGGUCAUUUAGAGAAGAAAUCGUCUGCUAAUGACGCCUUGAAAGGACUCAUGUUCAUCAGCAACACAGGUAGUCACGCCGAAUGGACCUCGGUCAGGGAGACAUUCAAAAAGUUAACAUCUUCCACAGAUGACAAACUACAGCGUAGUCUGUUUCCUGAAUGUAUAGUUAAAGGAUCAGAAGAAUUUGCUCUUCAGCUUUUCGAUGCUCUGGCACGCAGGAGAAAGAUUACCACUGGUUUCAUAAACAGAAAGUAUCUCAAAGAAUUUUGGAAGCAGAUUUCUGAUACAAACUUCCAUUCUAGGCUUCGGACUUUCUUUGACAUGGUUGACAAAAACGCUGAUGGGAAAAUAAACGAGGAAGAACUAAGAGAGGUUAUCGAAUAUAGCGCAUCUGCAAACAAUCUUCCCAGCGUCACAAAUCUUGCCUCGCAAUAUGCUAUCAUGAUCACGAACAAGCUUGACCCAAAUGGAUUGGGUUACAUUGAGAUUGAAGAGUGGGAGGAGAUAUUUAGUAUACAGGAGCGUCAGAUGCGAAGCCAAAGCGAGGAACUUAAGCAAACCAAAGAUACUAACCCUAUCUGCAAAUGGUUUCAAAGGAUUACAUACAACUUCUUGAAUAAAUGGCAAAGGAUUUUGGUAUUGGCUCUUUGGAUUGGAAUUAUGUUGGGUCUUUUUACCUACAAGUUCGUUCAGUAUCGUAACAAAUCUGUCUUCGGCAUCAUGGGUUACUGUGUUUGCUCAGCCAAGGGUGCAUCGGAAACUCUUAAAUUCAACAUGGCCCUGAUCUUACUACCGGUCUUCCGCAACACCAUCACUUGGCUAAGAAAUAAGACAAAGCUAGGUGUCAUCGUCCCAUUUGAUAGUAAUAUUAGUUUCCAUCAGGUAAUUUCAAUUGGAAUCGGGAUUGGGGUCGUUGUACAUGCUCUGGCCCAUUUAACGUGUAAUUUCCCUCGUCUCCUCCACGCGACAAAAGGCGAGUAUGAGCUAAUGCAGCCAUUCUUUGGAAAAAAUCAGCCUGGAAAUUACUGGUGGUUUCUAAAGGGGGUGGAAGAACUAACAGGAAUCGGAAUGGUGGUUUCGAUGGCAAUAACAUUUAUAUUAGCUAUACAAUGGCCUAAGAAAGGAAAGGAUGGAAAAUCCUGGACUUGGGAAAGGCUAUCAGGAUUUAAUAUGUUCUGGUAUACGCAUCACUUGUUCAUCAUAGUUUACACUCUUCUCUUAGUCCAUGGAAGCAAAACUUAUCUCUCCAAAGAAUGGUACACGAAAACGACAUGGAUGUAUUUGGCAAUCCCAAUUGCGCUUUACACUUGCGAGAGAUUGAUUAGAUCAUUUAGAUCACGCGUCAAGUCAGUUAGUAUAGAUCAGUUUGAUCAGUAUACUGGGGCAAUGGCACUGCAUAUGCCGAAACCAAAAGGCUUCAAAUACAGGAGUGGGCAAUAUGUGUUUCUCAAAUGUCCUGAUAUUUCUCCAUUUGAAUGGCAUCCAUUCUCCUUGACUUCCGCUCCAGCAGACGAUCACCUAAGUGUCCAUAUUCGAGCUCUUGGAGAUUGGACAAGACGGGCUAAAAGUCGCCUCAAAUGGAGAAAAAAGAAGACCCAUAAUAGCCGCAGGGGAAUGCAACACACUUACUCAGUUUGGUUUGCGAAGGUGAUGAUAGAUGGUCCAUAUGGUGCACCCGCUCAAGACUACAAGGAUUACGAGGUGGUAUUGUUGGUUGGAUUAGGAAUUGGGGCCACGCCAAUGAUCAGCAUUAUAAAAGAUAUUGUGAACAACAUGAAAUACAAUGAAGCAGAUGAUCCUGAGUGUGGGAUAUCAACUACAGCUACUGCUACAAAUAGUAGUCAUAAUAAGGGUAGCAUCCAUCCUAGGAAUAACAUGAGGAGUGAUUUAAAGAUGAAGCGCGCUUAUUUUUACUGGGUAACGAGAGUGCCAGGUUCCUUCGAAUGGUUCAAAGAGGAGAUGAUUGAGGUGGAAAAGAUGGAUAUCAAAGGAGUCCUCGAGCUUCACAAUCAUUUCACAGGAUAUGGAAAAGAAGAUGCUAGGGCUUCCCUAAUUGCAGCCAUACAAUGCCUCGAUCAGGCAAAAAAUGGUGUUGACAUUGUUAGUGGAACCUCUAUCAAGUUUCAUUUUAGGAGGCCUAAUUGGCAUGAUGUUUACAAGAGAAUCUCUCGCAAUUAUAAAAACAAAAGAGUGUUUAUUUAUAUCGGUGUCAGGAAGAAGGGAAACAUGAAACUGUUCUGGAAACAGUGGAAUCCGAUUCUGAAAUUAGGUGAAGGAGAGGGUCCAAAAGAAGGUUUAAUAGAGAAAAAUGAUGGCUAUAAUUGA